GGCAGUUCUGGCAUGUAUCGGAUUUGCAUUUAGACCCUACUUACCACAUCACUGAUGAUCAUACCAAAGUUUGUUCUUCUUCCAACGGGGCUAAUGCCUCCAACCCUGGGCCUUUUGGAGAUUUUUUGUGUGAUUCUCCGUAUCAACUUAUUUUAUCAGCCUUUAAAUACAUGAAAGACUCUGAACAACAAGCUUCCUUCAUGAUAUGGACAGGGGAUAGCCCUCCUCAUGUUCCAGUUGGGGAACUUUCCACAGAGAUCGUCAUUAAUGUUAUUGGCAAUAUGACUUCCACCAUUCGAAGUUUUUUUCCAGACCUCCAGGUGUUCCCUGCAUUGGGUAAUCAUGACUAUUGGCCACAGGAUCAGCUGCCUGUAUCUGCCAAUGAAGUUUACAAUGCAGUAGCAAAUUUCUGGACACCUUGGUUAACUGAUGAUGCAGUCAGUACCUUCAAGAAAGGUGGUUUUUAUACACAAUUAUUUCAAUCCAAUGCUAGCUCUCAGCCACUCAGGAUAAUCAGUUUGAACACAAACCUAUAUUACAGCCCCAACCAUGUGACUCUGAAUAUAACUGACCCAGCCAACCAGUUAGCCUGGUUGGAGAGCACACUAGAAAUCUCUCUUCAAAAGCAGGAGAAGGUAUAUGUGAUAGGACAUGUGCCAGUAGGAUAUCUGCCUUUUGCAAGGAACACUACUGCAAUAAGAGAAUAUUACAAUGAGAGAUUAGUAAAGAUUUUUCGCAAGUACAGUGGUGUUAUUGCUGGACAGUUUUUUGGACACACUCAUAGAGAUAGUAUCAUGAUCCUUCUGGAUGAGAGAGAAAACCCAAUAAAUUCCUUGUUUGUGGCACCUGCUGUGACUCCAGUGAAAAGUGUGUUUCAGAAGGAGUCCAACAAUCCUGGAAUCAGAUUAUAUCAGUAUGAUCCUUUUCAUUAUAACUUGUUGGAUCUUUGGCAGUUUUACUUGAACCUCACAGAUGCAAACAUGAAAAAUGAGUCGGACUGGAAACUAGAAUACAUCCUGACCAAAGCAUAUGAUAUUGAAGACUUGAAGCCAGAAAAUUUAUAUGAAAUGGCAAAGCAAUUCGCUAUACCACAUAGCAAAUUGUUUCAACAAUAUUACAAUAAUUUCAUUGUGAGUUACAACAAAAGCAUUGUCUGUGAAGGAGAUUGCAAGACUAGUCAGAUAUGUGCAAUGCAGUAUUUGGAUCACUCUUCCUAUACAGAUUGUAUCCAGCGGGGGUAGUGCAGAAAUGAAGUAUAAUGCAUUCAGUACUGAAGUUAUUAUGUAGCCUGUAUUUUAAGAAAUAUGCUCCUCUGUUCUGCUGAAAUGGGAGUGUCUGACAAUCCUCUGUGAAAUGCAGGAGGAUAUUAGAUCCCCUAAAUCUUUUAUUUUGGGUAAAUAUAUUGGCCAUCAUUUUCCAAUUGUUUUGCUUCAAUGCCUUGAUUUUUUUCAGUAGUCCUGAGCACUAGUAACAGCCAUUAUGAUGAAUGUUCACUGCAGUUGUUCAAUACUUAUGAAAGCAAGCCAUUGUUACUCAGGUGUGUAAAUAUGGGUUUAGGUGCCUAACUUUAGGCACCUUGGUUUGAAUGAAGAGACACAAUCAUGUUUGAAUCAAUGAAAGUCACUAAUUAGAUAUGAAUACACAUCCACCCAUGCAAAUAUAGGCAAAUGCACACUAAUCACAAGAAUUCUAAAACUUUCAUAAGGUUGUAGUCUGGUCUAUACCCUAGUAGAGUUUCUCAUGAACAGACUUUCCUUUGGUUUGUGAUUUGCACACACCACCUGUUCUAUGAGUAAGCUGCAGUUACUGUUUGCAUGAAAAAGUAGUAUUAUACAACUAUUUUAAAUGUUUUUUAAUGCAAAUCAUCAUAUGGAAAUGAGAAGUCAUUUUCUGCUCUCAAUGAAACACAUAGCCACAGUUUGAGAACUGUUAUCCAUGAAUAAUACAUGUACUAGCUAAAGAGUUGGCUGCGAUUGCAAAAUUAUUCCCAUUAUUAACCCCUUGUUUUUCAUGAGGUCUUAACUUACAGAUAUGUUUUGCUGUUGGAAAACAUCCUGGCUGCGUCUAGACUGGCAAGGUUUUCCACAAAAGCAGCUGCUCUUGCGGAAAAACUUGCCAGCUGUCUACACUGGCCGCUUGAAUUUCCGCAAGAACA